GUUUUUGUUGUGUCUUUAUUGUAUUUUUAUAGAAUCUGAGAGUGUCUAAUGAAAUUGUCUCAAGUAUCACAUGAUGAUUGUUUGAUCACAUAACUUGUUAUUAACUACCGCCAAUGGGAGUGUCUCUGGCAACUUUGAAUGCAUGAGUUGGAGGAGUUACAGGAUAAACACAGUACAAGACCUGAUGUGUUUGAUGAUGUUGAAGAAGAACACAACAUUGACAUACUAACUGCUGAAAUAUCACAAAUGUUCAGUAGGGCUAAGCAAGGAUUAUUAGUAAUUAACAGACAAGCUAAGAAUGGAUCAGAUCAGGAAAAGAAAGUUGCUAAGAAUGUUGUAUCAUCACUAGCAAUCACACUACAAGAUUUAUCAGUGGAUUUUAGGAAAGCGCAAUCGUCUUUUUUAAAAAGUAAGAGAAACAAAGGGGGAGAGUUUUAGAUGGUUGUAAUUCGAGUAUUAGUA